AUGGAGCCCUCAACCCCGCAGUAUAUUGCUAACCAGCAAUAUACAAGCGGUUGGUGGGCUGUUGAACAGGGAGAUGGCGUCCAUUCAGCCAUAGAGAUUGCUGAAACAGAGCCCUUGACUGUGCCGGCCUCACACGACUUCCCAUUAGGACAGUUUGCUUGCCUAGAACUCAUCAAUUCCCUGCCCAGCGCUCAGCUUCCGGGUCCCAUGCAUUGCUCGGAUUGGUCUUAUGAACAGCGCCGGGCUGCACAGAGUAUCCUUCCGUUCUUAUAUCUAGGACCUGCCACUGUCACUCGAGAUCAGGACUUUCUUCGACGGGAGGGUAUUACACUACUCCUGGCCAUCAGGGAUCGAAAUCGAGUCCAAGCCUUGACGGUCAAUGGGGAUAAAGCGGCGGCCGCACUGGGUAUUGAAUCGGACUUCUUUGAGGUAUCCAGCACGCAGGAGCUUAUCAGUCAGUUUCCGAAUGCCAUCCGGCGGAUCAACAACCAUAUAUGUCCAUGUCCGUCUCAUCGGCCUCCGGGUGGGAGCCAGGAGGAGAGGAAAGUACUCGUGUUCUGCGACACGGGGAAUGAGAAAUCAGCAUGCGUAGUCGCCGCAUACCUUAUGGUUAUGUACCACGCCAGAGCCGUCGCAGCAGGAAGCCAUGUUCAAGUACGGAGGUUAUGUACAAACCUGGGCUUGGCCUUUGGCAACAUAUUGAUGUCUUUCGAGACUAUACUCGAUGCACAAAAGGCUGUCGUUAGAAACACGGCGGCUCAGCAAAAGCAAGCCGGUGGACUAGAGCCUGACUGUCAACCUUCUCGGAAAAGGUCUUUUUAUGUCGCCUAUGAAUCAUCUACGGAUGGUGGAAACAUGGGCAUGGACAUGGACUUGGGAGGACAGGAGAGGGAGGACUAUCCAAGCCGGCCUUCACUGCCUCCAUUCCGUGAUUUAAGCCGAGGAUAA